UCCCUCCCUAUCCCCCUAACCCUCUUUUUCUCUCAAACUCUUUCUAUUUUUGUGUGGUGUUGGGGGACCAUGGAAGCACCGGAGGAAGUCGCAAUGGGGUCUAAAGAUCAUAGCAAUAUCGUUAAAGGGAAGCGAACCAAGCGUUUGAGGCCUCAAUCACCAAUCCCUUUUGCCAUAACUUCCAAUAAUUUGAUAUGCAAUGGAGAAGGAGGUGAAUUUGAAGGUUCUCCAAAUGUAGAGAACAAGAAUAUUUAUACUCAAUAUUUGUUGCCUUCUUCUUCAUCUUCUUCUGAAUACCAAGAUAGCACCGAGGAAGAAGAAGACAUGGCUAAUUGCUUGAUCCUCCUCGCGCAAGGCCAAUCAAGAGAAUCCACGAAAUCACAAUCUGAUGAUCACCAUCACGAUACGGGAAUUUACAACAAAUUCACCAGUAGAAAGUUCAUGGAAGCAGCUUCAAACGGGACAGGCAAGGCCGGAUACUAUGUCUACGAGUGCAAAACUUGUAACAGAACGUUCCCUUCAUUCCAAGCCCUUGGUGGUCAUAGAGCUAGUCAUAAGAAGCUUAAGGCAGCGUCCGCAGCGGCCAUGGUUGAUGAGAAAAUAAGGCGAUUCACAGCAGCAGCAGCAUCGGAUGAAGAAGAAGGACAAUUCAUCAAGACUAAUAACCUUUCUUCUCUUUCUCUUCAAUUGAGUAAUAAUAAUAAUACCAAUAGAGGUUUGUAUAGCAAUAACAACAAGGCUAAGGUUCAUGAAUGUUCCAUUUGUGGGGCGGAGUUUACCUCUGGACAAGCCUUAGGAGGGCAUAUGAGAAGGCAUAGAGGGCCAAUAGGUAGCAAUAGUACUACUACUGCUAGCACAGCCUUGUCAUUGACAGUACCGAUGGCAAUGGAAUCCAUGGAACCUAAGAAACCAAGAAAUGUUUUGUCUUUAGACUUGGAUCUCAAUCUUCCUGCCCCGGAAGAUGAUCACCGGGAAUCUAAAUUCUCCUUUGCUCCCACGCAACAGCAGCAGCAGCAGCAACAACAACAACAACAAUCACCUCUUGUCUUCUCCGCCCCCACUUUGGUGGAUUGUCAUUACUAA